CCAUAUUAAUAUUCUUUGUCCUCGCCUAUGUAAGAAUUUCAUUUUAUUCCAAUAAAUACUUAUAGAAAAGUUUCCCGAAUCAUUAGUAUUAACUCAUAACAUUUAUAGUUAUACUUUUUGUUGAUCAGAAAUCAUUAAGUAAGUUUUACAGUGGUUGCGGACGUGUACCAAGCUUUCAGUUGAUUUUAUUUUCAAGUGGUCUGAUUUUGGUAGCUACAAUAACUCGGCAGCCUUAUUCGUAUUUAAAGAUUUAUUAAAACAUUUGAUUAAGAUGGGCUCUUUCUUGUUGUCAUCAUCAUUUGACACAGAUGUCGAAAAAGCAACAAGUGGCACUAGUACAACAGAAGAUUGGGCUUUAAUCAUGGAAAUAUGUGAUAAAGUUGGAGCCUCAUCAGUUAAUUCUAAAGACUGUUUUAAGUCAAUAAUAAAAAGACUGUAUAAUCCAGACCCACAUGUUGUCUUACAGGCAAUUACACUUUUAGAUGCUUGUGUUAAUAAUUGUGGAAAAAAUUUUUUACUUGAAGUGGCUUCCAGACAUUUUGAACAAGAAUAUCGUAAACUACUUGCUAAAAAUUUACCUUUAAAAGUUGUUGAUAAAUUAAAAUCUCUUUUGAAAAAAUGGGCAGAAAAUGAAUUUAAAAAUGAUCCGCAGUUAAAUCUAAUACCUUCAUUAUAUUCUAAAUUAAAACAAGAAGGAGUAGACUUUUCAUCGACUUCAGAUACAAGUUCUGUGAAAGGAGCAAAAUCAAAAGAUUUAGUAUCUUUACAAGAAGUUGAUGACAUUGCCAAAGCAAUUGAACUAAGUUUAUUGGAAAAUGAUCGUUCUGCACAAAAAAAACCAACAGUCGAAACUGAUAGACGAACUUAUUCAAAAAAAGUAAAAGCUUUGUAUGACUUUGAAGCAGCUGAAGAUAAUGAAUUGUCGUUCUCUGCUGGUGAUAUAAUUUAUGUACUCGAUUCUUCUGAUCCCAAUUGGUGGAAAGGAUUUACAGACAAACAUCCUGAAGGUUUAUUUCCAGCAAAUUUUGUAACAACGGAUUUAUCGACUCCGAAAGAAACAACUGAACGAGUUAAUACAAAAAAGUCAUCAGUUAAACACUCUGCAGAAGAUUAUAAAUCUGUAGAAAUCGAUGAAAAUAAAAUUGACUGUUUGCUUCAGUUGUUACGUGAAGCUAACCCAAAAGAUGACAGUACAGACACUGAAGAGAUGUUCAUAUUGGAAGCACAAGUGAACGCCAUGGGACCAAUGAUUGAGGCCCAACUUGAACAACUUGAUAAGAAACAUUCCCAACUUACACAACUCUGUACCGAACUCUUAGAAGCAGUGAAGUUGUAUAAUAUAUUUAUGAAGGAACCUGUGGCUUAUGCACCCAAAUCACAGCCAGAAUCAAUACAACCUCCCACUAUGUCUCCACAGCAUAUGAUUCACUCACCACACAUGCAAAUGUAUAAUGGCAUGAUGGCUAACUAUGCACCUCUGCCAGUUGAACAUUACAUGCCUGGAUCACAGUAUCCAGUUAAUCCAGGUCAUAUGAUGCCUGGGCCUAAUAUUGGGUGUCCAAUUCAUGAGCAGCCACCCUAUCAAAUUCCCAAUAUGCAAAAUUUGCCCAGCUACAAUCAAUUAUAUGGCCCAGGACACAAUGCACCAUCUGAUUCAUUACCCCAAGGCAUAAACUAUGUAACACAAUCUCAACCACCAAAACAAUAAUAAAAAACAAAACAUUAUUAUGUUUAAAUAAUUUAUCCUCGCUUAUAUGAUUUAUUUUAGCUGC